ACACACAUUCUCGUGUACACACAUGCACACACAGUGUGUGGCUCUCUGGGACUCCAGUGACGUCACCGAGAUCGUCGCAGAUCUCCUAGAGAGAACCGAAAAGCUCUCUAAAACUGUCUGCUAGAUCAGCUCAGUGCAGCAUCUGCACGGCCAGACUGAUAAUCGCUGGGGAUCUAGUGCCUGGACGGCGCUGUCACACCACCGAUCGCUCUGCUGAUUCUGCUAUGGAACUAAGUCUAACUAAGACUGCUUCCUCCUAUGUUGAUUUAGGGGGGAUGAAUCUGGAGAGAUUGCCUGAAAGUUUAAGACCCCAGCCUUCUCACGACAUGACGUCCACCUACCAUUUGCAAAGAUCAUCAGAAACUAGAGAUCCAAUUGAGAAUUCAGCCAGUGAAUCAUCCGAUACUGAACUUCCAGAGAAGGAUAGAGGUGGGGAACCAAAAAAUGAGGACGGCAAUGUAGAGGACCCCUCCAAGAAGAAGAAGCAGCGGAGACAAAGGACUCACUUCACCAGCCAGCAGCUGCAAGAGCUGGAGGCCACUUUCCAGAGGAACCGCUACCCUGACAUGAGCAUGAGAGAGGAGAUAGCAGUCUGGACCAAUCUGACAGAGGCCAGAGUGAGGGUCUGGUUUAAAAACCGCAGAGCCAAGUGGAGGAAAAGAGAACGCAACCAACAGAUGGACCUGUGCAAAAAUGGCUAUGUUCCUCAAUUCAGCGGUCUCAUGCAACCCUAUGAUGAUGUGUAUGCUGGCUACCCAUACAACAACUGGGCUACUAAAAGUCUGACUCCUGCUCCUUUGUCCACAAAAAGCUUCACCUUCUUCAACUCCAUGAGUCCAUUGUCUUCUCAGUCUAUGUUCUCUGGUCCAAGCUCAAUCUCUUCCAUGAGCAUGCCAUCCGGUAUGGGGCACUCUGCUGUUCCUGGUAUGCCAAACUCAAGUCUAAAUAACAUCAAUAAUCUUAAUAAUAUAAGCAGUUCUUCGCUCAACUCAGCGAUGUCUUCAACGGCUUGUCCAUAUGGACCUCCUGGUUCUCCAUAUACAGUUUAUAGAGACACUUGUAAUUCCAGUUUGGCCAGCCUUAGACUUAAAUCCAAGCAACAUUCAACUUUUGGAUACAGCAGCUUACAAAGCCCAGGAUCUAGUUUGAACGCGUGUCAAUAUAAUAGUUGAUGGACUGAGCCUCAGAUCAUUAUGCCCUGUGGACUUUGCUUUUUUUUUUGAGGAUGGACCAGGAUUUUUUAUUUUUUUUUGCAAGAGACAUCAGACUUAAAACAUGGAUGAGUUGCAAUCUUCUCUCUGGAUUAUGCGGGUUGUAGGUACUUGAACUUGCACAGGAGUUUCCAUUGUCCACUUUAUAUAGAGAUUAGUGGAGGUAACGUGUUCAGAUAUAAAUUCUUGGUGGUAAUCAGAUACAAGGGGGACUGUUUUGUGGUAUACACUGAGAUUGGUGACCAUUUAUCGCUGCAAAACAGGAGUUUGCAGAGGGUGGAUCUAGGGGGGAGAGGAAAAAUUUUAGGUAUUAAAAAAAUAAGGGUUAACCACUUAAAAAGGUUAUAUGUAAAUAUAGGUGUGCAGUUACUUGUGUCAGAUUGUGCGCCGCAGUUGAAUAAACUGUUUUAAUGCAUGGAUCUUGAUGUCUGUCCAGUUAUAUAAAAAAAAAAUGUGAUGGUUUCCAAAUAACGUGCAAGUUACCACCUCUGCGAUUAAACGACAGUUCCCACCCGGAGAACAAGGAUUUAAUAACUCCAUAUGCACCUAAUUCAUACCCCACAUGAUCCUCCAAAUUGUAUUUAUGCUAUGCUUCGAUCUAAAUAGAUCGUCCUUAUUUAUCUGCAGUUUUUUUUUUUUUUUAUGUUUUAGGCUCCCCAUGUAUCUUAAAUAUGCUAUGUAAAAUAAAAUAAAAUAACGGAAACAAUAACGCAAGAAUCCUACUGGUGCAUUGAAAUACCUUUUGAGCCAGGUCAUAAAUGACAUACUCCACAGUUUCCCGAUGGCUGAACAGAUAUCCUAAUGUAACUUAUGUCAUCAUGCUUUUCUGUAAAAGGAUGUGAAACACAAAAAUUCGAGGAUUAUUUUACCUGAGAGAAAUGGGAUUGCUGCGAUUUAUAAAGACUGAAGCUAGUGUGGAUUUGAAGCCCAGGUGAAUUAAAACGAUAAUUGUUCCGGAUUUCAUAAAUUUGCCUUAAAAGUAAGAUUUUGGGGAAUUGUCUAUUUUGGCUUACUGAUGGACUGUGUCCAGGAAAUCUGGGCUCUAUACAAACACCCGGUCAAAUUCAGAGUUUUUCUUUAAUCCCCCAUUAUUUGGGGAUACAGUUUCCUAACACUCUUCAAGGUUGAUUUACUAAAGGAGAGAAUUCUUAUUUGGCUUAAUGAUUAGUAGGGUUUCUAGGGUCCUGAUAGAUCAGGAGCACCAAUGGGCACACAAGGGACUGGUAGAAUACCACCAUGACCAUUAUGGACCAAUUUAAAGUCUAAUAUACUAUUUAACUGAAAACAAUGUCACACUUUCACAAAGUGUUUAUAAUUAAUAGAAAGAAAAGUAUAUAAAGUAUACAAUGUUUUAAAACUGUAUAAAGCAGAGAAUGUACCAAUAGGAGACCCUGGACGUGAAAUACCAGUGGCACAUGUCAGGGUCUAACAACACUCCUGGAUUGGUGUGUGUCUAGGUUCCUAAUAGACCAGAGGCACCGGUACACAGGGGUCUAUGUACACUGCCUUAAAAACGCUGUGUCUUCAGUCUGUUUUGCCUGUAGAAGCAGCUCAAUGUUAUUCUAUGUGUGCUUUCACAUUGGAACGUUAUAUUUUAAGCUCAGCGUUUAGAGGCAGGGAAAAAAUAAAGUUUGCGUUUUUGAUUGGAAUUUUCUGGCAGAAAAAAAAAGAAAAAAAAAAAACAAGCUAAACACUCCUAAGGAUAUGUAAAAAAAAAUAGUGUUUUUAAGCCCAGUAUGCACGAGGGACUGGUAGAGGAUACCAUGAUGACCACUUUGCACCAAAUUCAAGUCUACAUAAUAUUUUUAACUGAACAAAAAUGUUGUUAAAAAAAACUACCUGUAACGUCACAGUAUGAUAACAAAGCAAAUUGAUGGAUUAAAAGUAGAUCAUUUAUAUAAUGCUUCCCAAAGCUGUAUAAUGUAUAGAAAUAUAUCAUCUGCUUAUCUCAAAGGAGACCCGGGCACUCAGUAGAAGUCCUGGUCGCUAUGGUCUAGAAACAUCCUUGAAAAUGACUGUUCACUUUAGACCAUGUGAAAAAAAGGGACCAUAGCUUCAUCCUAUUAACAUAGCUGUGUGAACCUACAACCACCCAAGAACAACAUGAAGGUAGAUACAGCAAAUAAAUAAAUAAAUAAUAUGUGCGUUCAGCGAAAAUAUUUUGCAUUGCAAAGUGAACUUUCUGUAUUCCUUCAGUAAAUCAACCCUCAUAGUAGAAUUGUCCUCCAGGCUCUCUUGGGUUAUUGAAGGGUACAGAUAUAACUUGUGUUAGAAGGAUUUGAAAUUCUUCCAUCCCCUACAAUCACACUCUCACCUUCUUCUUCCCCCUCCAGUCUUCUCAGUGUAUUGUACAUCUGUGGUAACGGUCAUGUGGAUGAGUGGAUGUGUAUAGUAAUUAUAAUGUCGUGAAUAAGAAUGCAGUGUCUUUUUUUUGUUUUAUAACUUAUGUUUUUUUUUUUUUUUUUUUGUGAAUACUUUCUUUUUGUUAUUUUUUUUUCUCUCCAAAAAAUUAAGAGCAUGGGAAUAAAACAGAUUUAUGCAAA